AUGAAUUUGGCAAUUCUUCCCACUCCUACUGCUGUGUUAGCUGUGCAGUCUGCACCUUCAUUUACUACUGCCUCUCCAGGUCGUGGUAGAGGAUACUCUAAACAAGGACAAUCUCGCCAUUGCACACAUUGUGGCAGAAACAAUCAUACAGUUGAUACUUGCUUUGCAAAGCAUGGUUAUCCUCCUGGUUGGAAGUCCAAGAAGGCAUCUGUUAAUCAGAUUUCUGCUACAACUUCCUUAUCUGAAGAACUGAAUUCAUCUGCUGUUUCUGAGGCACUUUUUAGUCUCUCCAAAGAUCAACUCGCUAAUUUGAUUGCUCUGCUUCCUAAUGCAAAGCCUAUUGCCAUUGUUGUGAGCUCAGCAAAUUUGGUUAGCUCCCACAAUAUCUAUGUUCAACCAUCUUCAGGUACAGCUCCUUGGCUUUUAGAUUCUGGUACUACAGAUCACUUUACAUGUUCACUACACUGGUUUUCCUCUUUUCAAUCCAUUAAAUCAGUUCCUGUCUCUUUGCCAAAUGGAAAAACUGUUGUGGCUUUCUAUAAGGGCACCAUUGUUCUAACCGAUUCUUUGAUAUUGCACAAUGUUCUUUAUGUUGAACAUUUUUCUGUGAAUAUCAUUUCUGUGACCAAACUCACCAAAGCUCUUGAUUGUAGAGCUGUCUUCACCCAUAAUCUGUGUUUUUUGCAGAUGAAUACAUGCCUGAAGAUUAUUGGUACUGCUAAGGAAUUCAAAGUAACACAUGAUGUCCAUAUCAUUAACAUGCUGCCCACACCACUCUUAAACAAUCACUCUCCUCAUUUUCAUGUUUACCAUGCUCAUCCUGAUCUGAGUAAUCUUAGAGUUUUUGGUACACUUUGCUUUGCUUCCACUCUUCAAGCCCAUAAGACUAAGUUUCAGUCUAGAGCCAAGAAAUGCAUAUACCUCGGUCAUCCCUUUGGUACCAAGGGUUUCUUACUCUUUGAUUUGCAUACUAGAGAAAUAUUUGUGUCUAGACAUGUUAUUUUCUAUGAGACUAUUUUUCCUUAUCAUGACCAUACCUCUUCUUUCUCUGUUGACUCUAUUUUCCCACCCAAUCUACCUGUUAUUGACAUCAAUUCUGAUGUUAUCCAUUCUGCUCCAAUCUCUUCCAUUCCCUUAACCGAGUCUAACUCUUCUGGUACAGAGGCACCCAUUGUUGUAUCAUCCUCCAUUGAUGAUCACUCUGUAUCAGCCCCUUCUUCUCCUAUUUCAGCCUCAUUGCCUGUUGAUUCUGCAGCUUCAAAUGCAAUCCCUGUAGCUUCUGUUUUUUCCUGCAGCUAA